GUGAUUAAAUCGCCGCUGCAGUCCUUAUAUGUGCAAACCUGGCCGAUUAAAUGUUAGGGUGAAAGACUGUUCAAUAAUGAGGGUGUAAUAGGCCUACAUAGUGUAUUUGUGUACAUAAUGCACAUGCAUUUUUUCUACAAAAUUUCAGUGGACAUGUUUUUGUAUUGCUUAUUUCUUGUGCUCAUAUUAGGCUAUAUUCUUCUCUUGGGAGUUUGAGCGACUGCAUCUGACACAAUCUCCCACUGGGGAUCAAUAAAGUAUUUCUGACUCUGAUUUUAUUUCGAGAUUAAUGACCGGAAGUCCUUCAUUCGUUUGGUCUAACUUGGCACUAGUGAGAGCUGAGAAGAGCGCCCCGAUUGCGAAAUCAGCGGCUGAGUGCUCGUUUGGCUCUGUGACCACAGGCUGAAGAGGCGCAGGGGACAUUUGUUUUUUUCAUUCAGCCAGACCAGACGGGAUAGUUAACCGGUGCGGCUGCCGAGCAAAGUGCCAUGAGCAUCAGGCUGGAAACCUAAAAAAAAAAAAAAAAACACUGAGGUUUGGAAAAGGGGAAGAUGCCUCAUGGACCGCUCCAUCACCAGUGCGCCAGUUCAGGGCAUCCCAAAAGCCGAAUAACAAAGAAAUGCCGAGGUUUAGCGCCAGAUGGAUCGCUGUGGUCGUGCUGAUUUUCGUGGUCAGCGGCGUUUUCUUCUUCUGCGAGUACCUCAUUUAUUUCCCGACGAUCCUGAAGUGUGCUUGGCCGAAGAUCAGUCAUGUGCGUGGGGGAGAGGGCAUUGACGGCCGGCCGAUGGACUCAACUCUUCGCGCAAUGGUGCUGUCGGACACGCACCUUCUCGGAGCCGUCGGGGGACACUGGUUCGACAAGCUGAGAAGGGAAUGGCAGAUGGAGAGGGCUUUCCAGACCGCACUGUGGCUGCUCAGGCCCGAAAUAGUGUUUAUUCUCGGGGAUAUCUUCGACGAAGGCAAGUGGAGCUCGCAGAAGGACUGGGAGGAUGAUGUGCGCCGUUUCCACAGGAUGUUCAGGCAUACCACUGACACUGAACUGGUUGUGCUUGUUGGAAAUCAUGACAUCGGCUUCCAUUACGAGAUGGACUGGUUCAAGUUGCAGCGCUUCGAGAAAGUCUUCAACGCCACCUCCACUAGGAUCGUCACCAAGAAGGGAGUCAACUUUCUGCUGGUGAACAGCGUGGCCCUUCAUGGUGACGGCUGUCCGAUCUGCCAGUCGGUGGAGAGGGAGCUGAUCAAACUCUCCAGAGACCUCAACUGCUCUCUUCAGAGCGUGCAGUCCAGCGGCAGCGUGAAGGACAACUGUGAAGGCUCGCAGCUCUAUCCUCCCACACCGCCCGUCAUGUUACAGCACUACCCUCUGUACCGGGUGAGCGACGCCGGCUGCACGGGCCAGGACGCUGCACCGCCUGAAGAGCGACAUCUGCUGUUCAGAGAGAAGUACGACGUGUUGUCAAAAGAGGCCUCCCAGAGGCUACUGCAGUGGUUUAAGCCCCGCCUCAUCCUGAGUGGCCACACCCACAGCGGAUGCGAGGUUCUCCAUGACAACAAGUACCCAGAAAUCAGCGUGCCGUCCUUCAACUGGAGGAACCGCAACAACCCCAGCUUCAUCCUGGCGUCGUUCUCAGCCGGCAGCUACGCUCUGUCCAAGUGUUUCCUCCCGGAGGAGAGCACGGUCAUCGCCGUCUACUGCUCGGCCGGCGCCUGCCUGCUCUUCUUGUUCCUGGCUCACUGUCUGUGGAUGAAAGGCCUGCUGCAGUGUUUCAGCCUCUGCCUCCUGGGCAAGCACAAGUCCCUGUGAACUCCGUUUCCCAGCUCACCCAGCGCCGGGCCGCAGCCACCAGCCCACCGGGGAUGGUAAAAUAAAUACUUGAUUUGAGGAUUUGCAAAUGUGACGUUCCUCUACCGAAUGGGCCAAAAAUGUGUUCACACUACCUUGAUUUGGUUGUCAAAAUAUUUUGCUGCACUGUGAAGGACAUCCAGCACAUAAAAAUGUAUAUUUUAAAGGUCUUAAAACACUCAAACUUGAUUACUUGUGAUAUCGAUGAUGAUAAUAAUGGGGUUAUAGUGAUGACAAAGCUGACAUGAGCCAAAUAGUUUUCAAAUUAUUACUGACACUUGUUUUAACUUCUUUUUGGAGAACCAGAUGGAUGGGUUUGCUACAUCAGGAAAACUGUCAGGUGAACUGUCAAGCACAGAAAAGUGAAUUUCACUGACUUUCAAAUACUCUUCUGUGAUUGGCUAAAUGGUGUGGCCCUCAUUUUAUUUGCCUAUGUAGAAAACUUCACACAUCUGGCAUUUACACAAGAUGAAACGACAAAAAUGUAUAUGUAAAUACCAUUUGUCUCAGACCUGACAUGAGGUUUUAGCUGGUCAGAUGUAUGUUGGUGGUUUAUGUCUCUUCACUCUGAUAUUAACCUGUGAUCUGAUGUAAGCACUUUGAUAGUUUUACAUCCUGAACAGUUGUUUCCGUUUUUGAAUUAAUGUCCGAUAAUGCAUCCAGAUUGACACUGGUUUCUCUUCGUUUUUAUGACGCACAUCUUAAUAUAUUUAUUGCUGACUUUUUGUGCCAAAUGUUUGUGAGGGUUUUUGCCAAACUGUUCUGAAUUGCCAAAAAGUUUGUGAUGAACUGUACAUAAUAAUAAAGCAGAAUCUGCCAUCUUA